UAGUAGCAAAUUCAUUUUGUACCGAAAACUUGUUGUCUAAACAUCUCUCCCUAGCUCCAUGAGGCAGGGUUUGUUGUUUUUUUUUCUUCUCCUUUCGCUUGCCGUGUAGUACCGUGUACGGUUGUGUGGGUGUGUGCGUGUGUAUGAAAGCUUCUGAACGUGACAUUCUACCUGCUCCCGGACACUGGCCUACUGUGUGCGUGUGUAUAUAAAGGAAAGGAAGAAGCGGAAGCGAGAAGGAGAUAGACGAGAAGGAUCAGGAUAAUAGAAGAAGCGAAGGAUAAUAUAGCGGACAGCAGGACUCGUCGUCGUCGUCGUCGUCCGGGGGUCAAAAAGGAUAACCACCGUACGGUUGCUAGAUCGGUAGUUCAGUUAAGCGAUAGCAGCGGAACAGUGAACACACCGGAGUUGCUUCCGUGCCCUGCAGCCUCAAGCAGCAAGUGUUUGAAGAAGUGAAUGCAUACAGAACUGAGCAGGAGACACAGUGACAUUGCAGUGAAGUUAUAAGAGACACAUUGAACAAUAAGUGAAGCAUACACGCACUGGAUGUAUCAGUGAACAGUGAGAGCGCAGUGUGUGAGCUGGAAGAAGCAAGAAGAAGCGGUUAAGUUUAGCGACAGCGACCUACUAGCGCACACGCACCGUCGUGCCAACCCAGUCGUGUAAAAUGUCUGUGAAAUCGGUCCCAUCAUCGUCAGCAGCAUCGUCGUCUUCGUUGUCGUCGUGCAGUGAGAUAAGCAUCGAGGAACUGCACGCCCGUUCAUCACCAGAUUUUUCGUCCGAGUUCACGCUCGCCAACAUUAAGCAGGAGCCGCGUGCCGGCACCGUGUCCCCCAUACUGACACCACCACACACACCCACCGAGGACAGUAUUGGUGGUCUGAACGCGUCACAGACGAUCAUCGCGACCUCCCCGCAUCAUCAGCAUCAGCAUCACCAUCAUCAUCACCAGCACCCGUCGGCACCGAGACACAUUCCGCUGAACCACUACCAUCCGUAUCAGUACGAGAUGGAGCGUUCACGGACGGUCGCCAUGCGUCAGCAACAGCAGCAGCAGCAACAACAAUUUCUACAACAACAGCACGCACCAGCAGGGCAGGAUAUGGUGGUGGGAGCCUUCAUGCCACAGCAAGCCCCCCAGACAAUCGUGAGCCCACCGUCCACAAACCCGAUUGAGGCCGCAUUCCUGUACCAACAGCAGCAGCAACAGCAGCAACAGCAGCAACAGCAACAUCAUCAGCAACAGCAACAGCAUCAGCAGCAGCAGCGUCUGUGGCAGCAACAUCUCCAGCAAACCGGUUAUCAUCCAGCGGCAGCAGCCGCCGCAGCCGCCGCCGCCUAUGCUCAACCGCAUGCCGCCCUCAUGCAGCACUGGAUUCGCAAUGCCGCCCUGUACCAGCAGCGACUCCAUCCCCAUGCACACGCCCACCCGCACGGACCAACGGUCGGACACCAUGCGCACCAUCCCUACCCAAUGCUGGGGGCCGGUCGCCCGGGUCUGAAACUUCCCGGCCAUCAUCACGGUGGACCGGGUGGUGGUGGUGGUAGCUCACGCCCAAAGAAACAGUUUAUCUGCAAGUACUGCAACCGCCAGUUCACCAAGUCCUACAACCUGCUUAUCCACGAGCGCACGCACACCGACGAGCGACCGUACUCGUGUGACAUCUGCGGCAAAGCGUUCCGCCGCCAAGAUCAUCUGCGCGAUCACCGGUACAUCCACUCGAAGGAGAAACCCUUCAAAUGCUCCGACUGCGGUAAAGGGUUCUGCCAAUCGCGUACGCUCGCCGUGCACAAGGUAACACACCUGGAGGAAGCACCCCACAAGUGCACGAUCUGCAACCGGACGUUCAAUCAGCGGGCGAACCUGAAGACGCACAUGCAAAGUCACGCAUGCCAACCGCAGAGCUCGGGUGGACUCUCGAUCGAAUCGCCCGUCCUGAAUGGUCCAGCGUUGGAUCUGUCCCAGAAAUCGUCUUCCUCGUCCACCGAGGAGAAGGACAUCAUUGUGGACGAAGACUUUGACGAUGAGGAGGAAGAGAUUGAGGAGGAGGAAGAGGCGGAGGACAGUGAGCUGCUGGAGGGUGAGGAGGAGGAACACCUCGACCUGGAGGGUGACAGUGAGGAGGGGAUGGAUAUGAGGCAGUUGCUACUGCUCGAGCAUGCCAACAGCAAUCCCUCGGCAUUGCAUACUCCCAGGCGCAUUCCCACGACGGCGGGCUCCACCACGGUGACUACAGCAACGUCAGCAACAGUGACCCCAAAGCGAUCGCUCGGUUUCUCGAUCGACGAGAUCAUGCAGCGAUAGAGUGCUGGGGAGAAAGCUAAACAGAGGCUAAUAAGAGAGAGAGAGAGAGAGAUGGAGACGUUGAUGUUCCUUACCGUCGUAGUCCGCGUGCACAAAGUUUAGGUUAAUCUUUUUUCUCUUUUCGGAGGACCCGGUUGUUUAUGAGAUGUCCCGGUUUGCAGGAUAUUAACGCAUAUACCAUUAAACCAUAGUUAAAAGCCAAACAAACGGACUGUGUGCGUGUGUGUAUCCCAUGGGAAAAGAAAAGGCACAGAUAAUUGCGCUGGAAAGUACACACACACGCAGCCCGUGAGAAGAAGGAGGAUGAGCAAGAGACGAGAAGCGUGUACAUAACCAAAGAGACGAGAAUUAUGAUGAUGAUCGAUAGGGAAGGCGAGAUGAAGAAUGGAGAUAGAGAGAGAGAGAGAGCGAGAAAGUGAGGACCUUUCCAAUCCAUUCCAAUUCAAUCGGACAAUUCCAAUUCCCUUUGGGGUGUAUGCAACAGUUAGAGCAAUUUAACAGGUUUAGGCAGCACGGCCGGAAUCGGAAAAGGGCAAAGCGAGGGAAUUCUAUUAUUUUACAAUCGACGAACGACUCACACACUUUGUCCGUGCUUGUGUGUGUGUGUGUGUCACGUCUUUUUUUUCCACCCAUUUUGCCGGCAAUCUGGGACAAUCUGUUUACUGAAGACUGAUAUUUGUUUUUAUUACUUACUAAUUAUUGCCGGGCCCCUGAAACAGUCCCCAAUUACAGCAGCGCAGAGGGGUCUAUUAUAAUCGUAGGGCUAGGAGGUAUAGUGCGAGAGUCCCGGUACCCGUAACCUGGGUACGGUACAUGUACCAAAGUGUGACGCUCACGGAACUCGGAUGGCCUCGGGGAUGAAGCCAAAGCCAAAACGAUUCGAUGCGUUCAAGUACCGGAUAAGUAUUUUUGUUACUGAUCUCAAGCUGAUUGUCGCGUCGGGGGAAGAGGAUAGCGCAGACUAAAGUGUCCCAUAAGCACAGGACAGUCGAAGGAUAGGGAGGCUAGGAGAGGUUCAAAAUUAUUAUUGUCAGACCAUUUAAUCGAUAGAUAGUUAGUACAAUUGAUGUAUAUUAUGUUACUGCUCUGUAUAUCUGUAGAAGUGAAGUUGUAGUAGUAGUGGUAGACACGAACUAGAUGUGUAAGAUACGUAAAUUAUUGCUGAGACCGAUCCAAAUAAUAAACAAAAACCUUUAGCGAUAAUGUUUCCAUACUUCGCAAACUAUAAA